UGUUGCUACAGACACGUCUUUUUGUCGUUGUCGAGAGCGACUGAAAACUGGAAAGUCCCUGACAGUCAAGCGAGGGUUUCCGGGCGGAACUACUAUUAGUUGAAAUGAGGACUGUCUGGCCUUUCUUCGCCUAACUUUCCUUCGUGGAUUGCAAAGAGCCUAUUUGGUGUUUAAUUUUAAUCUAAGAGCGAGGCUUCCAGCUAGAUAAUCGACGCGAGCUAGCUCUUUGUCUGGCUAGCGGCUAGCUCGAAGGAUGUGCUGUUGAGCCCGAGGCUGCCCUCCCGUCGUCUGGGAGAGGAGGACAGACGUCAUCCGUUCGCGUUGAAACCACGCCGCCGUCGCUCAUAUAAAAACAAACAGUGGAAAGGGGGCCUGUGAGAUAUUCUCUUUGUUACGUAAGAGAAGCGACGUCGAGAGAAAGCGAGAGCGACAGAAAGAAGGAGUUCGGCCGAAGAUGGGCAACUGCCUCAAGUCCCCAACUUCGGACGACAUGUCUUUGCUCCACGAAUCCCAGUCGGACAGGGCCAGUUACGGCGACGGCGCCGACCCCGACCUGGAGCCGCCACCUCCUUACCAGGAACAGAUUCAUGUUCCCAUCUACCACCCGACACCUAGCCAGGCUCGACUAGCCACCCAGCUGACGGAAGAGGAGCAGGUGCGAAUCGCCCAGCGCAUCGGACUGAUCCAGCACCUUCCGAGGGGCGUUUUCGACCCCGGGCGAGACGGAUCUGAGAAAAAGAUCCGAGAGUGCGUGAUCUGCAUGAUGGACUUUGUGUAUGGGGACCCCAUCAGGUUCCUGCCCUGUAUGCACAUCUACCACAUGGACUGUAUCGACGACUGGCUUAUGAGGUCCUUCACCUGCCCGUCAUGCAUGGAGCCGGUGGACGCCGCGUUGCUUUCCUCCUACGAGACCAACUGACACACACCUGCACGUGCACUCACAAACACACGUAUACAUACACACACACACUUAUGGACUACGCUUGACACCAACACACGUACAUAGACUGCACACUCGUGGAUUUAGCCAGGAUUAGUAAAGAUGGACGCAAGUGUUCACAGGUGGGCCUGCUGGUCAGGACUGUGCCUGAGAAAGUGAAAGAAUUGAAGCUGCGGAACAAGAAACAGUGGACAUCUGAAAAAGAAGAAAAGGUCACUAAGACACCCUUACUGUCACAUACUUGCACGACUAAAAAUUUGAAGGUCAAAUAUGGUUCACCUUUAAAUGUUGUAGUGCAUUUUAAGGUCAUCAAGAAAUUUCAAAGUCCAGUAUCCCAUCCUUUUUGGGAGUAGUGUAUCUUUGACGCAGACUGUGACGGCACACAAGAUGGUCCAUCUGCCCACCAUGCUAUUUUUCCUCAGAUCGCCUAGAAUCCUUGCCAAGAGGAGGAAGAAGUAGCGAUCCUCAAGAUUUGCAGCCUCCAAAACGGCCGUUGGCUCCGAGCUGCCAGCCGAGCAGAUAGGUGAAUAGAUUACAGCAGACACUCUCAGUCUCGAUCUCUGGUGAGAAAAAGUCAACUUGAUCGUGGUUUUGUAAAGGGCUUUGUUCUAUUUCGUGACAUGGCAAAAACAACUGUAACGUGUCAGUCAAGCUGAGGCCCUCCAUUUCCAUAGCUCCCCCGCCGCCCCUUGGACACCGGAGCCGCGUUCAUGCCGACUUUGUGGCAGAACGGAGGUGAAACGGCAUUCAACCGCCUGUACCUUUCAGACAGAACUGGCUGAAGAGAGAUGUUGCUGGGUCCUUGAAGUGUGUGCUCAUACAGUCAUUGGGACUUCAUAAUUCCGAUAAUUAAGAUGUUGGGGUCAGGUCUUUAAACACAAUGGGCAAACUGAUCUUGUGUAGGUGUGCAUGUUUUUAAAAUAAUGCAAGAUUAUUUAUUGAAAAUUAUUUUCUGUGAUUGCGCAACCAAUAUCGCACCCGUCGAGUGCUGUGUUCAAGUAUUUACCACCUUCCUGAUUUCUAUGUUUUUUGUAUAUUUGUCACACAAAACGAUUUCAAUUCAUCAAACCAAUGUGAAUAUCACCCAGACAACCCAAGGAAAUGUAAAAUGCUGUUUCUAAACGGUGAUUUCAUUGACUAAGGCGAAAAAAAAAAUUCAAAGCAAAUGACAAAAACCGUACUGGUCCCAUGAAAGAUGUGAAGUGAAUCAACAUUCAAACAACUUUCCAGAGGGUUCUGUGUGAAAGGCACAGGCAGAUGGAUACAUGCCGGAUCAACAUCUAGCUAGGGCUUGCCAAUUUUACCCAAUCUCUGCGUGGAAGAGGCUUUGGAAAGCACAAAUAUUUCUCCAAUGCUAAGAAUCCUGAAAAAUAUAUCCCAAUCCUGAUAACAUUUGAAAAGUCCUCCCUUCGAGUUUUUGCACAGACUUCAUGUCGGAUGUUUUCAAUUGCUGGGAUGGAGUAUCAUGGCCUUGGGUUGUUCAAAUGUGUAAACGGGAAAGAGGCUAGAAAAGCCAGGAGAGACAGUGUUGCGUCAAAUUGUUGAAAACGCAACCAAGAUUUCUUGUAAGAGCAUUUGGCUUGAAUUUCAGUCACUUUGGUACGUACGCUGCCCUCCAUAAUCAACGGUGCACCUGGUUACGAUGUGUUCUUUAGCUUUUAAUAAAUUACCGGUAAGUUACCCAAAAAAAUAAGUAAAAAUUACGGGACAAAAUCGAAAUAAGAACAAGAUGAAAACCAACCUUUAAUUCAAGAUCAUUAUUUCAGUGUGGGAAAUAAAUCCGACAUUAACGAAUAUUUUUUUACAUCAACUCAUGUGUGCCAAAUUUAGUUGUACUCCUGAAGUGAAAACAACCCUCUUUUGCCAACGAAGCAGCAUUGAAUCUUCUUCUGUAAUGUUUCUGCAAUCUUUUUUGCACAGUUUCUAUAAAUCAUCCAGCAACCGGGGUCCCGUCCUCUCCACUCUCCUCUUUAGCCCUCUCAAUCGGGUUGAGGUCUGGGGAAUGAGAUGGCCAUGGGAAGAGCUUGAUUUGGUGUGUGGUGAACCAUUUCUAAUUUUUUUAAUCAGAUCAUAUGCUUCUGCAAUUAAAAAAAUAUAUAUUUUAUGGCUUUUAACACAUCUUGAUCAGGGGUGCCAAUAAUCGUGGCACUGUAAGUGAUGUUCAGGUCCGAACCUGGAUGUCAUCAGUCACUGGACGCGCAAAUACAAAUACAGUACUGUGCACAUUAGCUUCGUCAUUUUAAUGGAAUGGACAGGUACAGUAUUAGCCAAAAGAGACAAAACUGGACCAUGAAAAGUCGAAAAGGUUUGGUGCGGACACUGUGCUGUCCAAAUGCAUUGCAGGAAAUUGUUAUCACCACUUCAGUCAGUGUGUGGCUUGCUUUAGUUUGGGGAAGUUGGUUUCCCGCUUCUGCAUGGUGCAGCAGGAAACAGACAAAACCACGGCACAUUGAACCGACACACAGUCAGAAUGAGAAAAGCUAAAAAUGAAAAAAAAAAUGGAAGAGAACAAGGAUCUUGCGUACUUUACUUCGAAGGCAAAAGAGUCACAUUUUAUCCACAAAGACACUGGGCAGUAAGACCGUUGAUCACUGGUGCUAACUGUGAGCAGUGUCCAAAACUACAUCAACAGUGGGGGUUUUUUUGUUUGUUUUUUUAGCUGCGACCAGAUGUUUACCAUAUCGGUCCUAACCAGGUAUCGUGAAUGCUUUUAUAUUUGCAAUUUAACAUUCAUUAAAUUCCCUGUCCACACAAAGGAUUUCUUUUAACCCAUCCAACAAUAUUCGCUUAAACUUAAAAAUGUGGUGGCAUGUUUAUGUCAAGGAAGUAUGUUGAAAUGAGUUGAGGAGUUUUAUUUUGAUUUACAAUAAGUGGCGCUUUGCUCCCAUCUUGUGGCAAUGAUAGGGAAUUAAAAACCUUUUUAAAGGGCAUCAAAUACUCGAUAAUUUUCGCUCUUGUUGCAGGCCUUAGUCCUGUCCCACUGCUAACGGGGGAUUAGCUGGACUGCAGUUGGUGUCUGCUUUUGCCAACGCCGAGCUGAGUAGAUGCCGUGCAGUGGAAAAGGAGACUAACAAUACACCACACACAAAAAUAAAAGUCUCUAAAAUGUUAAACUGUAUGCGGUCAUGAACGGAUUACAAAAAACACAAACAGCUUUUUGCACAGUACUGUAUAAUCUGCCAUGUAACACUCAAAUUGCAAUCCGCAGCCAAUAAUUCUCAAAACUAUUUGAACAAUUGCAGCUCAUUUAAAGACUACCUUAGUUGAGCUGCGCCGCUCUUAUUUCCAUAAAAUGACUCAUGGGCGCGCACUGUGUUGGCCGGAUAUUCACCGACAAUGCAACAGCUGUACAUGAAGCCAGGCAUUCUCCCAUUUAUUUAUUUAAGAAGGCCGAGCUUACUGGCACGUGUUGAUUGUGGGUGGAUUUUUGUAAGAACCAAACUGUCCCAUCUGUUUGCUCAUGUGAAUGGGUUAUGUGUGUUUUAUGAUGUUUGUGUAAGGAUCCUUGUUAGAUAUUUCCUUAUUUGUGAGCAUACACAUGAAUAUGCAGAGUGCUACAGGAGACAAAUAAAUAGACACUGCAACUGAACACAA